AUGCGCGCGUAUAACCUCGACAUAGGCGUAGUUGUGACACGCUGAAUCGUUUUUUUUAAACUUUGUUCACGUUUCAGGGAUCAGUGUGGAACGAGGUCGUUUAUUAGUUCUGUGUCGGUGUGAUUUUCGAUCGAUAUUUACGCGUGUUUUUUUUUUGUUUAAAGAGCUUCAAGAUUUCAACAUUGUUGUGUAGAAUGAACUCGUGAAACAGUGAAAGUUGUUUCAUUCCGAGCAAGUGGAGGAAAUUGUGUGCGGCAAGUUUAACGAUUGUUAACUCGAGGAAAAACGGGCUAAAAAAUUCUAAUAACUGCGCACUAAAAAAGGCGAUAGAAACGAAAUAUCUUCGUGGCUUGAAAAAGGGAACUCUUGAUGACGCAAACGCGGGCGAACGUCUCGGCGCACGGAGAGGACAAAGACGAAGAAAGAGAGAGAGAGAGGCCGAUUAUUUCAAGUGUCACCCAACACGCCGCUUAUCGCGGUCAGUUUAGUGCGUGGCCUACGAAAACAAACGACGGGCCGAGAGCAGCCAGCAGUCGGAGGCACGCUGAUCUAAUUGUACAUCGUCGUCCCCCGUCGUCGUCCAUGGAGAGCUACACGUCGGACUCCAGCGACUCGGAUUCCAGCGCGAAGACGCUGGAUCUGUCCUAUCUGAUGCUGAACACGGAGCUGCUGAACGAGCAUUUCGUCACCGUGAAGAAUCCGGAGCAAGUGGACACGUUGCUGCUGCACCGGAACCCUCUGACCAGCAUACCGCACGGCAUCGUUCGUUUCACCAAUCUGACCGCGCUCUCCGUAUCGAACUGCGGGCUGCACCGGCUGCCGGACUUUCUCGGCAAUUGUCCGCUGUCCUGUCUCGUCGCCAAGCACAACAGCCUGACGAACGACUCGCUGCCGAAGAGCUUCGAGAACCUGAUCGGGCUACGCGAGCUGAACCUCAGCGGCAACCAGCUGACCGAAUUCCCCGAGCAAAUUCUCGUUCUCACUGAGCUCAAGUAUCUUUAUCUGGGCGGCAAUCAUAUGACCGAAAUCAGCAAGGACGUGUGGAAAUUGCAGAGAUUACACGUGUUGUCGAUGGGAGGCAAUAGACUGACGGAAGUACCCUCGACGCUGAGCCGGCUGAAGUCCCUGCAGGCGUUGGUGCUCUGCGACAACAUGCUGGAGAGCUUGCCCAGCUCUAUUGCCAAUCUGACCAACUUGAAGUCGUUGCUGCUUCACAAGAACCGACUGAGGACACUGCCGACCGAGAUUAUUACCUUGAAGUGUUUGACCGAGUUAUCCCUGAGGGACAAUCCUCUGGUAGUGAGAUUCGUAUCGGACAUGACGCACAAUCCUCCAUCGUUGCUCGAGUACGCCGCCAGAGUGAUCAAGACCAGCGACAUCCGGUACGACGAGACGAGUAUACCGAAAAACCUGGUGGAAUAUUUGAACAGCGGCCAUCGUUGCGUGAAUCCGAAAUGCAAAGGUGUGUUUUUCAACAACCGAGUGGAACACGUCAAGUUCGUCGAUUUCUGCGGCAAGUACCGGUUACCGUUGCUGCAGUAUUUAUGCAGCCGGAAGUGCAUCGAGUCCCGGGACGGAGACGAAGUCGUUAGCGGUGCGAUGAUCAGGAAGGUUCUGCUUGGCUGAUCGCUGCCGCGGCUGUUCUACACCAUGAUAACUCGUUCGAGAAGCUAAACUAGCCGCCAUCGGUCCGUUGUUGUGGAACCAAGGACUUUUUGUUUCAAUCGAUCCGGGUCCUCGAUGAAUUCUUUUUUACCAAAAUUAAUUCCGAUCGGGUCUAGAAUCUUUCACUCUUUUCUUUGAAAAAGCGAGUGAACUCGUUCAUUCUUUUUUAAUUGCGUGUAUCGGCAGUAAUCAUAUUCAAAACUAUUUUAUUUAAUUAAAAAAACGUAACUCCGUUUUUAAGACGAUUCGAUGAAGCAUCAGAUAAAUAUAAAAAUAUUUAAUAUCGCAUGGUA